UGGUGAGAGGUUAGAGAGAGAAAGGAGGGGAAGAGAGAGAGAGAGAGAGAGAGAGAGAGGACAAGGGGGCAAAGGAAAAAACAGGGAAGAGAGAGAAAGACGAGGAGCGAAGAACUCAGUUGAGGGAAAUCAUAAAGAAACAAAAAUAGGGAAGAAGAGAGCGGAGGAAGUCUCCCUGAGAGAGAGACCGACAACACCAACAAGAAGAUGGUCGACGAGAAGGUCCUCUGAGAUCAUCACCCCAUCCCUGUCAAAAGGGCAGUCUUAGGAAAAAAAAAAUUCCACCACACCCCCCCAAUAAAAUCUUUUCUUCGAUUUUUUUUGGUUCGUAAUCUCUGUCAAUUUUUUUUUUCUUUGCUGCCUUUUUCGGGGUCUCGAUCUCCUCCCACCAAGAAUUGAUCUGCAUUAGCUUGUUCGCUCUGCCUGCCUAUCAUUGUCACGCCCUUCGUGUAAUUUCAGCUGGAGGAAGAGAAAAGAUUCUGAGGUCGAAAUUGGAAUUUUGGAUGCUAAAGACUCUUAAGAGUUAGAGACGAAUAAAAAAAAAAGAUGAGGGACCCUGAUAUGAUCCUCAAGCGUCCGCCUCCUUGUUCUUACCUCUUUUUGUAGCAUAAAAUAGUUUUGGGUUUUUUUCAAGCAGUUGCUGAGUCGAGGCUGGUUUCGCUUCAUAUGACGGUGGGACUGUAAGUAUUGGAUUUUGGGUGUGGAUAUCGGAAGAAGGUCUUCCUAGAAGGAAAGAAAGAGGGAUACUUUCCAGAGAAAGCUGGCGAUAUUGGAUAGCGCCAUCUCUCACUGCGGCAUCUCAUCGAACAAGCGAUGGGGGUUAGAUGGAACCCGUUAGGAUUCCGUCUCCCAGUUUAUCUCGUUCUGGUCAUUCUUAUCUCUCAAAUCCAGUGCUAUUGGACAGUUAAUCCUGAAGGGUUAGCAUUGUUGGAAUUCAAGGCAGGUAUUUAUUCAGAUCCAUACGACGUUCUUGCAAAUUGGGAUCCCAAUCACGACGAUCCGUGCAGAUGGUCAGGUGUAUGGUGCAACAAUGGCGAAGUUCAUAUCUUGGACUUGUCUGGACUUUCCCUCAAAGGAAUAAUAUCCCCGGGGCUGGGGAAAUUAAGUCAGCUGAGAUCUCUGUUACUUGGUAAGAACCGCUUCUUUGACAAUAUCCCUAAAGAGAUUGGUAACCUCACUGAACUCGAAGUGUUGGAUUUGAGGGACAACAACUUAAGCGGAACAAUCCCAGCAGAAUUAGGCGGGUUACUUUCCUUGAAGUGCCUGUUGCUUGAAGGAAGCAUCCCAAUCAAGCUCGAUGGGCUGAGCCUUCCCUCUGAGUGGCAGUUUGAUGAGCAUCUCACGCCAAGGUCUUCCACUAAAGCGGGAGGCAUAAAUAGAAAGUUCGGACACUGCAUUUGGCAGAGCAGGUUGAGACAGCAGAAACGGGCAGAAGCAUCGACCUCCGAAGCAAGUAGCUGCGAGAAUAUUGCCGUGGACUCAUCGGAGUCACGAGUGGCUCAAAAUCUUCAGAGCGAGACCAACGUCAAUGUCUUGCGCCGAAAGUUACUUGAAGAUUCCAGCAAUCUCGAAGCGCCUCCGGCAAGUGUGGGAUCCACGGAGGUCUCAAGCGUUCUCGUGACAAGGAGUAGUGGUGCCUUCCCGGCAGUUCCCAGUGGGAACAAGGCACAUUCGCCUAGUCCAUCACCUCCAUUGGGUCCUUCUCCCCCACAUAAAAAUAACAACCACGCUGAUUCAGUGAACCAGCACCAUGCGCAGCACCAACCGCAAAGCAACUCAUGGAAGUAUAUUGCAAUCAUUACGCCGAGCAUUGCCUUCUUGUGCCUUAUCGCAUUGGGCAUAUGCUUCAUGUGCCAGAGAAAGGGCGCCAAAACGAUUGCUCCAUGGAAGACUGGGAUUAGUGGGCAGCUACAGAAAGCAUUCGUUACAGGGGUUCCGAAACUGAACCGACCUGAGCUAGAGACUGCCUGCGAGGACUUCAGCAACAUUAUUAGCACACUGGACGGAAGCAUUGUGUACAAGGGAACUUUGUCGAGUGGAGUCGAAAUCGCAGUUACCUCCACUUCUGUAUCUUCCCUCAAGGACUGGGGCCCGAAUGUCGAGAAAGCUUACAGGAAAAGGAUCGACAUGCUUUCACGAGUGAACCACAAGAAUUUUGUCAAUCUAAUCGGAUACUGCGAGGAGGAUGAGCCAUUCACAAGAAUGAUGGUGUUCGAGUAUGCUCCGAAUGGGACCCUCUUUGAGCAUCUCCAUAUCAAAGAAGCUGAACACUUGGACUGGAACGCGAGGGUUAGGAUCAUAAUGGGAAUAGCUUACUGCCUUCAGUACAUGCACCACGAGAUAAACCCACCCGUGGCCCACAGCAGCAUUAACUCAACCGCGAUAUUCUUAACCGAUGAUUACGCAGCCAAGGUUGCAGAGGUGAAUAUCUGGUCAGGUGCUUCAUCGAAGUCACAUGGCAGCGAAGAUGAUAAAUCAGAUAAAUCAGAUAAGUCGGAUAAAUCAGAUAAAGGGGGGUUGCCACCAGUCACUGAUCCUGAGACGAAUGUCUAUGAUUUCGGGGUGCUUUUGCUCGAAAUCAUCUCUGGCAAGCUCCCCUACUCAGAAGAACAGGGUGCUCUAGUCGAUUUGGCGGCAGAACAUUUGAAUGGCAAGCGGAGCCUUACAUACCUAAUCGACCCAAGCCUCAAGUCCUUUAAGAACAACGAGCUCGACCUCAUCUGUGAGGUUAUUCAGGACUGCAUCAAACCGGAACCGAGACACAGGCCAACCAUGAAGGAAGUUACUUCAAAGCUGAGGGAGGUGAUCGCGAUCUCACCUGAUCAGGCAACCCCAAGGCUCUCUCCCCUCUGGUGGGCAGAACUCGAGAUCUUAUCCGUGGAAGCAACCUAAGAACGGGGAAAAAGAAACACAUCCCGAACUCUUCUUUCUCUGGAUAUUCCUCCUUCAGUUCCUGCCUCCAUGCAGUCUCCCUCCCAGCUGCAAAUGGGAUCCUCUCGACUGUUCAAAAUCGUUCUGCUUUUCUUUCUCUCUUCCUCUUUUUUCUUUGUCAAUUCUUUUCGAUGUUUGUCCAAAUGAUUUAUAUUAUACAAUAUUUUGUAUCUUGAUAAUGUUUGACACUCGUAUAAGUGUGCCAUGUGAUGUUAUAUGUAUAGGAUGUGUGCUGCUAUAAACAUAUGCAUAUAU